CCUCCGUACGAAUCUCUCCGUUCGCCGGAGUGUACGGUGUAUGGCGAACCCGAGGCGAGUGAAGAUGGUGGCUAAGCAGAUAAUGAGGGAACUUUCCGAUAUGCUUCUCACUGACACGGUUUUACAGCACGCCGUGUUGCCUGAAGCUGCACUUGGAGCUGACCGCUACCUCUCUUCUCUUACCACUAUCAGUGAUGUUGAGGUCUCUAAUGAUUUGCAGGUGGUCAAAGUAUAUGUAUCCGUGUUUGGUGAUGAUAGAGGGAAAGAUGUUGCAAUUGCGGGGUUGAAAUCAAAAGCUAAGUACGUUAGGAGUGAGCUUGGGAAACGAAUGAAGUUGAGAUUGACGCCUGAGGUCAGAUUUAUUGAGGAUGAAUCCAUGGAAAGAGGAAGCAGGGUUAUUGCAAUACUGGACAAAAUAAAAGCUGAGAAAGGAAGCGGUGAUGGUGGAAACGAACCAUCUGAUUCAGCAGAGGAUAAUCAAGACUGGGAAGUGGAUGACCCUGACGAAGACAUAAUCUAUGUAAAGUAAUGGGUCUGAAGCAGUUUAAGCACCAAGCACGAGUGGCAUAUUAUCACUCAAAAUAUAAUGCUCCAUGUUUUUGGAACGAGGCGGAAUGGAGAACGGAGAAGAUGAAUACAGAUGACAGUUACUUCUUAUAAAACUCAUUAUGAAGCCUGAAAGCUUCUUUGGUCCGUUACUCAAGAUACCUCCAACAAAAUGUCAUUUUGGAUUAGUCAGUGUAACGGUGUAGGCAUAAUAAGCUUCUUGUUUCUGUAACUCGUUGUGUAAUGAAAGUAUGUGAGAAUUUUGAAAUACAUACCACAAUGAUGUGAGAAAGUAA